UCGAGCCUGGCAAGUGCAUCCCCCCGAAGCUCGAGCUACGCUGUCCCACGAGCAGACGAUUUCAGCACCUAUUUCAGCACAGGACAGAAUCCUGCACCGUCUCAUGGCAACAUGGCGACUGAGUUCCAUAACCUUCAGGAGUUGAGGCAGAGUCCGUCUCUAGCCACCAAGGUGUUCAUCCAGAGAGACUACAGCGAAGGAACCGUCUGCCGCUUCCAGACCAAGUUCCCCUCCGAGCUGGGCAGCAGGGUGAGCACACACACACACAGGCAGAUCGAGCGGACGCUGUUCGAGGACACAGUAAAGACGUUGAACACCUACUAUGCGGAGGCAGAGAAGGUCGGAGGCCAGUCCUACAUGGAGGGAUGUCUGGCGUGCGCUACAGCCUACUUCAUCUUCCUAUGUAUGGAGACACGCUAUGAAAAGUUACCGCUCUGUCUCUGGCUCCUGUCUCCUAUUCCACAUCUCACCACCCAACUACCUUUCUCUGGAUAUUACUCACCACCGCUACCUUGGAUUCCCCUCAGGACCUGUUUACCCUGUUCUACUCAGCUAACUCCAACCUCAGUCUCCACAUCUGGUUUUUCUGCAACUCAUCCAAGCUUCCCCAGAUCUGCACUCCAUAUCUCCCAGUGUAACAAUAAAUAUUUUGGUUCAUUCAUCCCUGUUUCCUCAUCUGAGUCUGCUCUUGGGUUCCCCUGUGUCGCUCCGCUUAACAGUACGAUCUGGCCCAGAGAUAAACACAGCAGACUCCACUACUCUUCACCAAAGUCUUGUUGGCCAAGGCACCCUACUUGAGCAACAUGACCAAGCCCUGAAAGUCCUGCUGGAGAACAUCAAGGAGUUUUCACGGAGCCUGUCUGACCUACAGGUCCGAACCUCUGCCCAGAGUUCACAACCAGUCUCAAGUCCCUCUUCUCCAACCCGGGAGCCUUUUGUUCCGACUCCUGAGCGCUAUGACGGUAAUCUUGGCGCUUGCAGAGCCUUUCUUGUGCAAUGUUCACUAGUAUUUCAGCAACAGCCCUACUCUUAUGCUAGUGAACGAGACAAGAUUUAUUUUUUGAUUGGCUGCCUUCGUGGAGCAGCGCUUUCCUGGGCCACUGCGGUGUGGGAGAGACAGUCACCUAUCUGCUUCUCCUACGGUGGAUUCACAGAUGAGAUGAGGAAGGUCUUCGACCACCCGGUCUGUGGAAAGGAUGCCUCUAAACUACUUCUGUCCCUUCGUCAAGGCUCCCAGAUUGUGGCUGAAAUGGCAUGUGAGUUCCGCACCCUCACUGCAGAGAGCGGCUGGAAUGACGAGGCCCUUCAGGGAGCAUUCCGGAACGCACUCACUGAGACCCUCAAAGACGAGUUGGUGUCCAGAGAGGAGCCUGAUGGACUUGAUGAACUCAUUUAUCUCACUAUCCGCAUUGACAACCGCCUCCGUGAGCAUCGGAGGGAGAGGGGAGGUAGGGUUGCAUGGCCCAUAACAUCUGCUUCAGUGCCUCCAGGCAUGUUCUAGUCCUGUACACAUACAGCUCGGCCGGACCUGUCUAUCUCCAGAAAAGAGGUAGCGGCGUAUCAGUACUAGGAGCUGUCUAUAUUGUGGCCAGGUUGGUCACCUGGUCUCCACUUGUUACCUGUGUCCAGCAAAAGAGGGGGCUCAGCAGUAGGGUUGAAUAUACUGUUGAGCCAAAUCGCCUGCCCAUCAUCUCCCAGACCCCUGCUUGAGGCCAACCUUGUGUGGCAGAGCCAGGCUUUUCCUCUGCCUGCUCUCAUCGAUUCAGGCGCCGACGAGAGCUUUCUGGACCGAGGGUUCGUUAAUCAGUUUGGUCUGGACACUGUUUCACUCGAUUCACCUCUGGAUGCCAACGCUGUCAAUUGAAAGCUACUCUUCCGUGUUUUGGAGAGAACUGUUCCUGUUAUCCUGCGUCUCUCUGGAAAUCACCAGGAAAAGAUAAGUUUCCACAUAAUCGACUGUUCUCACUCACUGGUUCUGAGUCAUCCAUGGUUAAAGCUACACAACCCACAGUUUGACUGGUCUACCGAAAGGGUAACUACUUGGAGUACACUUUGUCAUUCUAAUUGUCUAUAUUCUGCCCUUCCUCCUGCCUUGUCUGCACCCCAGUCCAUUCCAGAACCCCCAGACCUGUCUUCUGUUCCUCCAGAAUAUCACAGUCUAGCUCCUGUAUUCAGUAAGCAUCACACCCCAUCUCUGCAGCCUCAUCGGCCUUUCGACUGUGCUAUCGAGCUUCAGCCUGGAGCUCCUCUCCCUAGUAGCAGGUUGUAUAACCUCUCUCGCCCCGAGCAAGAAGCCAUGGAAGAAUACAUCCAGGACUCCCUGGCUGUCGGACAUAUCAGACCUUCUUCCUCUCCGGUGGGAGCUGGGUUUUUCUUUGUCAAGAAGAAGGAUGGGUCACUGAAGCCAUGCAUAGACUUCCGUGGGUUGAAUAGUAUCACUGUCAGGAACAAGUAUCCCUUGCCACUUAUCAGUGCUGCUUUUUCCCCCCUCCAUGGUGCCACAGUGUUUACUAAACUUGACCUCCGGAAUGCCUACCUACUUUAGAUUGCCUGAACGGCACCAGAACAUAAAGAUUAAAUAUAUUUUCAAUAUAGAUUUGCCUAGCUCCGUGGAGAUCCUAGGAACUGCAAGAGUGUCAUGUCCACUCCCGCUCCGGGGCUUGACUUCACUGGUCUACUAACCACCGGUCCUGGCAACCCAUCUUUUACGCACACCUGGCAACCAUCAUUACGCACACCUGCGUCUCAUCAGUCACACCUGGACUUCAUUACUCCAUUGAUUACUUACCCUAUAUAUUGCACUCUGAUGUUAUCAGUCUCAGGUGGUAUUGUUUAUGUUUCUAUGUCAGACGCUUCUCUUGUUUUGUAUCGCGACCAUGUUCAUUAUUAUUAAACUCAAUUACUGCAUCCUUA